GACGUGGGCGCAUGCGCACUGCCAUACACAAGACGUUAGCAGAGCAGUAGCCGCACAAGUCCACAGCGUCUAAAUAAGAAAAGCGGAGGUUUUGCGCUAAGUAUUUGCUCUGAAAUGUUUCGCAGGAAAUUGACUGCGCUAGAUUACCAUGACCCGAACGGAUUUGACUGCUCAGAUGAAACACAGUUCAGAAAUUGCAUCGUGUGGCUGGAGGACCAGAAGAUCCGACACUAUAAGAUCGAGGACAGAGGCAACCUCAGGAACAUUCCCAGUUCAGACUGGCCCAAAGCUUAUGAGAAGUACCUGCUGGAUCUGAACUGUCCCUUUGGAGUUCAGGAGAAGAAGGAGGCCCUGGACUGGCUGCUGGGUUUGGCUGUACGCUACGAAUAUGGAGACAAUGUUGAAAAGUAUAAGAACUGCCGGCCGCUGGACACGUCUGGUAACAGCGAUAAAGCCGUGGAUCCUCUCGUCAACCUCGACAAUAACUCCCCAGAUUUUAAAGCAGGAGUCACAGCACUGGUCAACAUCCUCAAAAUACAGCGGCAUGACGAUUACCUGGUCAUGCUAAAGGCCAUCCGAAUCCUGAUCCAGGAGAGACUUUCACCAGAGGCCAUCGCUAAGGCCAGCCAGAACAGAGAGGGUGUUCCGGUCACUUUGGAUAAACACAUUCUGGGUUUCGACACUGGAGACGCGACCCUGAACGAAGCGGCCCAGAUUCUGCGCCUGCUGCACAUCGAGGAGCUGCGGGAGCUGCAGACGAAGAUCAACGAGGCCAUCGUCGCCGUCCAGGCCAUCAUAGCCGACCCCAAGACGGACCACCGGCUGGGCAAGGUCGGCAGAUGAGAGGCCAAGGUCGCUGGAGUUGAUUUACAGAGAAAAGUGACUUUAUUUUUGUUCAAAGACAUCUGAAGGAAAUGUUUUUGUUUUUUUUUUUUGUUUUGUUUUCAGUUGUUGCAUGAAAUGGGCCAAUUUGGACAAACUGAGCAAAGGUCCAAGUUUCAGAUGCAAAGAUUUGUUUUCUUAAAGAAGGGAAACUGUUGUAGUAGUUCUGGUAAAGAAAUGAAAUUCCUCAAAAGUGGAGGAUUGUGUUGAACUCUGAUAGUUUUUUUUUUUUUUGGAAUAAAUGUUCAUUUUGAGGCAGUUUAAAUCACAUGGGAUGUGAUUUAUACAACAGCAAAAGAAAAAACAAACUUAUAUCAAAUCACAUUUUAUUGAUAUAAAUAUCACAUCUCGUUAACAAGAAAAGGUUUAAAAUAUCAAAAAUAUUCAGCAAAAUAAAACGACAUUUUCUCCUAUGGGAAAUCCAGGACUGCAGCUGCUGCAAUCUGUGGGGUUGUGCUGCUUUCGGUUCAUAGAUUUAUUUUAUUAUUAAUAAAACAGGUUUGCUGCUGGCA